AUGCUGGACACGUCGCUGAAACGCAAGGCUGAUAUGGACUUCGGCAAUAGUAUUCUGUCUUCUAAACGCCCCGCCAAAGCCCAGAAACAGUACUAUGGCAUCGACAUCCACCAGCUCCUAGAGGAAGCCGAAGCAGAGGCCGCGAUACGAAAAUCUGUCCCCGAAGCACCUGUGGUCACGAAAGCAACAAAUAAGAAGUCGUCGCUGUUAUGGACAGAGAAAUACCGGGCGAAGCGUUUCACAGACUUGAUUGGAGAUGAGCGGACACAUCGCAAUGUCAUGCACUGGCUGAAGAGAUGGGACCCGAUCGUCUACCCUGGCUCAUAUCGCGCACCCAAGAAGACCAAGGGAGAGAGUGUGUUCGAAGAGAAGCCGCACAGGAAAGUCCUGAUGCUCACUGGGCCGCCGGGAUUGGGCAAGACGACACUCGCACAUGUCUGUGCCAAACAAGCGGGGUACGAAGUGCAAGAGAUUAAUGCGAGCGAUGAGAGGAGCAGUGCAGUCGUCAAGGGACGGAUUCGGGAUAUGGUUGGUACUGAGAAUGUCAAGGGCGUUGACAAUAAGAGCGCGAAUGGGGCCAAGAAAGCUGCGAAACCUGUUUGCGUCAUUGUCGAUGAGGUCGAUGGUGUGGUGACUGGGAGUGGAGGCGAGAGAGGCUUCAUGAAGGCUCUGGUUGAUCUGAUCAUGCUGGACCAGAAGAACUCGAAUGUUCUAGGCACCAUGCAGCAGGCCCCCGUGAAGAAGAAGAAAGGAGAUCGAUUCCGACUACUCCGCCCAAUCAUCCUCGUCUGCAAUGACAUCUACCACCCGUCUCUGCGGCCUCUCAGGCAGAGCCUCAUGGCUGAGGUCAUCCACGUCCGCAAACCACCCGUCCAGAGUCUGGUAACGAGGAUGCACGGCAUCUUUGAGAAGGAGGGCAUCCCAUGCGACGGCGACGGCGUGCGAAGGCUAUGCGAGGCGACAUGGGGAGUGAGCAACCGCAAGGAGGAUCGCAAUGGCAGUGGAGCCGGUGAAGGCGACAUGCGUGGUAUUCUGGUCGUAGGAGAAUGGGUUGCUGGCAAACUGCGAGCGACUGGUGGUGACGAUCUCAGAUUGACUCGCAAAUGGGUCGAAGACAAUGUCCUCAGUGACCUUCAGCAUGGUGGCGGCGCUGCACGAGGUCUUGGUCGAGGUGGGCCCAAAGACAUUGUGGAGCGGGUGUUCAAAGAAGGCGCUGGGUUUCCUCAGAGUUCCGCGAAGACACCGCUUCAGACGUCGCUAGACGGCAUCACCAGUGUGAAGGGAGUGGCAGAAGGCCAGAGACGGAUAGCGACACAACGGCUGCGGGAAAUCAUCGACACGCAAGGCGACACGGACCGAAUCAUGACCGACUGCUUUGCCGCAUAUCCAGAACAUCCAUUUCAGGACGACACGAUGCUUUCGAAGCCAGACGCAGCAUACGAAUGGCUGAACUUUCACGACCAGCUAUCCGGUGCCGUCUUCAGCAGCAACGAGUGGGAACUGGCGCCAUACUUGUCUACUCCAAUCCUUGGAUUUCACCACCUCUUCGCUUCUUCCGCUAGAGCACAGUAUGUUGCAGGCACCGAAAAUGACGACGAUCGCCCAGCAGUGCAUCCUCUCGCAGGACCCAACGCCUCCUGGGCCGCCCACGAGGCCGAGAAGCAGAACAGCGCCCACGUCCAGGCCCUACAAUCCGCCCUCUCCCUACCACUAACACGCUCCUUCAGCUCCACCGCAGACAUCACCACCGACCUGCAACCCUUCCUCUUCCGCAUGCUCACCCCCAACAUCAACCCCAUCGUCGUCGGCGGCAGCGGCAAAGAAAAAGGCACAGCCUCCGUGCGCAAAUCCUCCGAACAAACCCUUGUCAAACGCGCCGUCAACGCCAUGGGCGCCAGCGGCGUCCGCUUCGACCGCGUCAAAGUCACCGACGACACCACCACCACCGCCACCAGCUUCGGCCCCCAACAGUGGAUCUACCGCAUGGAACCACCCCUCGACACCCUUUGCACCUUCGAAACCGCCGGCACCUCCUCCUCCAACAAGACGCGCUACGCCGUCCGCCAGGUCCUCGAGCAGGAGUGGAGGAAAGAAGAAACUCGCAUGAACGAAGAGGCGCGAAUGGCCCGGUUCGGGGGCGUGUUUCCCACGGCUGCUAAUAAGAAGCUUGAUGAUGGCAAGGGUGGAGGAGAGGGCAUCGCGCCGAAGAAGAGGAUUGUGAGGGAUUUCUUUGGACGGCCGGUUGCGGUGCCUGUUAAUAGUGAGAGUGUGAAGAAGGCGGCGGCGAUGAAGGCUUCUGUCCCGACGGUGUGGGUGAGUUAUCAUGAGGGGUAUUCGAAUGCGGUGAGGAAGCCGCUUACGUUGAGGGAGUUGAUGAAGGGGCUUUAG